UUUAAACAAGAUUUAUAUAAUGGAACGAACUACAUUGUAAUUAUAAGUUCUGUAAUUUUUCUCCUAAAGGGUAAAAGAAACAAGUGCAAUAUUUUAUUUAGAGAGUAUUUUCAUUUGAACUUUUUGACUAGAAUUUUAUAAUAAAAUUUAUUCAAAGAUUAUUAAGACAGAAUUGUUGGUAAUAUUUUAUUCCUGUCAUGUUCAUUUUGUAUAAUAAAUGAGUUGACAAUUUCAAAUGUCAAUAAUACAGAUGUCAACAAGUAUGUGUUUAUAAAUACUCCUCUCAUCCAUUCAAUCUUGGUAAUGUCAAGAACUGUUUCUCCAGAGGUAAUAAGCCAACAAGAAUGCCUGGUGCCAUGCCAGACGUGCGGCCGCACAUUCCUCCCGGUUCCGUUGCGGAAACACGAGCGUGUCUGCCAGAAGAACGCGACUCGUAAACGUAAACCCUUUAAUUCGUUACGUCAGCGCAUCGAGGGCACCGAUCUAGCUGUCUUCCACAUGAAUCAAGUGCUUAAGCCGUCGUUGUGUCAGCCACCGCCGCCUGAACGGCCAGAACCGAAAUCCAAGCCGAGCCGUUGGAAGGAGAAGCACCAGGAGCUGGUGAAUGCGAUCAGAGCGGCGAGGGGAGCGCCAGUCGACACUCCGACCAAGAAGACUUCGUCGAUGCUCGGCGUGGGGAAUGAACGAUGUCCGUCGUGUGACCGGCAGUUUGGGCCAAAAGCGUUUGAUCGGCAUGUCGAGUGGUGCAAGGAGCAUAAAGCGAGGCUGCAAAGAACGCCAGUCAGCAAUCAGUUGGCGAAGGAGCGGCUUGAGGCGCGCACCAAAUACAGAGUACCACCGCUCAGCAAAUCCAAACGGACAGUCAGGGAGAAGUACAGCAAUGUUACACCGGAUAAAGAAGUGUUGGCCUCGCCGACGAAUGUUAAGAGUUACUCGACGACCAACUUGCAGCGGACCCAAAGCUUGAGAAAACCAAAUUCGAUCACCAACAUCAGGAAGAAACCCGAGCCGAAGCUCAAGCUUGAAUUGUCAUCCAUCACUUCCGAUAAAAACUCCCCGUAUACGGCGUCGCCCACCCCGAAAAUUAUGUCGGAGUCGGUGAGAAGAACCCCCCGCCAAAAGAAAUACAACUUUUAUACACCCAAAAUUAAUUCGGAAGACGUGAACAACGAAAUUCUCGAUAUAACGGUAUCGCAAUUGUGUUUGGGUGGGUCGAACAAAAAAAUGGUAACAUGGAAAGACUCGUUUCCGAACGCAUUUAAACCAAAGAAUAAUAUAAUUCAGUAUAGACAGAGAAGGACGCUCAGUCCUUUAAAAACUUUACCGGUAAUAGAAGACGUAAAAUUUUUUAAUGAAAAACAGUCACCUAAGAAAAUUUAUUCCGAAAAGCAACCGGAUGCAAAAGAUAACUUUCAAAAGCAACAACCCGUUAUUAAAAUGCAAUCGGAUAAACAGGAUGUAAAAAUGUUUUCUCAUAAGUUACUACCCGAAAUGAAAAUUGUCGCGGAAAAACAUCCAGUUAAGAAAAAGAUUUCAACUAAGCAUCCAAAAAAAAUUGAAGCCAGCAAUUUACAAUUGGAUUUGGGGGAUGAUAAAACCAAGAAAUUGGAUCAGAGAGCGAAAAUUUUAGUCGGGAGGUACAAGCAAAGGAAUGCGGUCAACAAAAUCGAAGUCGACGAUUUACUUGAACCAAUAGCGGAUAAAAGUCCGUUUAAAAAUGAUCAAGAAAAAAUUGAGUCGAUAGUUUUUAAAAUGCAAAAUCAUAAAAAUAAAACCGAACUGAACCGUCAAGAGAAUAUUGAGGAAGUUAAACCGACAUUUCCAGAAAAAAAUCAAAAUAAAAUUAUUACGUUUGCAGAAAGUAGUGCGUUAACUAACAAACAAGAUACAUUAGAUACAAUAACGACAGUAAAUCCGAAAAUAUCCGACGCAACAUUUGUGGAAACGCAAUUUCCAAAACCAAUCAAGAUCGAUGUUAUAGAAAACAAGGUGAUAAAAAGAAACGCUGACCGGAUAGCGCGUUUGCAUAAAAUCCUGGACGAGAAAACAAAACAUGAGUUUCACAAGAGACGAUCGAAAAUAGCUAGAUUCGUGCAGGAAAUUCCGCCAGCUCCGGUCGCCUCCCCAGACACUCCGCGAUUCCUCAACACGUCCGAGUCCUCCGGUCAAGUAUCUCGCGUAGACAUCACCAUUUCGGGUGAUUUGAAAGUGAAACCCCAGUCGUCCGCUUCAUUUUGCGGCUCGUUGUCUCCUAGGACGCUCAUGAACGAGGCGGCCGAGGUACCCAUAACCGCUUUCAAAGGAGGCGGACCAUCGGACUACGAUACGAUGACGAGGCAGGAUAAGAAAUUGUAUGGUAAGCUACUAAAAAUGUGCGACAAGUCGAAAUAUGAAGAGAACACGCAGUCAGAUAUCACCAUAACCGAUUACAGCGACAACUCAUGCGACAGCUUGUUGCAAACAUUCGCCAAGAUGAAAAUGGACGCGGAGGCGAAAAUGGGACCGAAAAUUCCAGAGGAGGGGGAGGAGGAGGAGGAGGAGGAGGAAGAAGAUGAAGAUGCCGAUAAAGACAAAAAUUUUGAGUUAAACAGUGUCGCCCGUAUAGACUCUGAUAUGGACAGUCAGCGGCACAACUCGCUCUCAAACUGGUUUAAAUCUCUAACGAAUCUUGAGGACGAUUUCGAGGAGAUACACGAUAUGAAAUCGCCGCACGUCGACGACAAAACAGAAACGAGACAAGAUAGCGGGAGACCACGAUUAAUACGUUUUAGAUCACAAUCUAGUCCGAUAUGGAGUUCCAUAACGUUAAUCAGAUGGAACUCCGACUCCGAUUUGUUUCGAAAGAACACUUCGCAUUCAAGGUUGUCGACCCAAUCGGAUUAUGACAUGCACACACGCAGUUCCUCCACCCUCAAAGCCAACGACACGAAGAGCUUGGUGUCGCUGUUCCAAAACGAAGAAACAUUCGAGACGGAAAGUUUGCAAUCUUGCAACAGUUCCAAAGACAUAGCGAACGACACUAACUCAUGCAUUAGCAAAUCGCACAGUUCCGUCACGACCAUACAGCACAGUAAAUCGCUACCUGUUUAUCUAAACACCGAAGUUUACAAGAAAUCGGAGUGUUCCACCACCGAACAGUCCCGGGUCAGUUCCGACAAAUUAAAACUGGUGUCGUCCGAAGAGCCGAUGAUGCGGAACCUAAGCAGUACUAUGGACGAGGUGGAGGAAGUGGAGGAGCUGGAUGAAGAGGAAGUUUAUGUAGAUGAGGAGGAGGCGUAUAUUGACGAAGAAGAGAUUGAGGUGGUAGAAACGGAAACUGAUUUUGGGAAACCGUUCGAGGAAUGUGAGGAGGAAUACAUGGUGCCGAAGAAGCGGCGGAAGCUCAAUCCGAAUGAUGAAAGCUUUAAAGAUAUUUUUGCGUCCUUGAAACAUUUAGCGGAGAAAGAAAUGGAUAUAAAGAAAGCUGUAGAAGUGGUUGAGGACCUUCAGCCAUCUGUGGCAAUGAGUAACGAAGGUGUGACCUGUUAUAUGGUUGAAGAAUUUGGUGAUGGACCAACAAUAGAGGCCAGAAGAGAAGUCGAAAGGUUAGCGAACAAAUCGCCUAUUCGAGAACCGUGGAACAUUCGCAGCACAAGUGCUCCACUUCCAAGGGUUAAACACACAAUACCCGGUAUUCCGGCGUAUGAUGCCACCGAUUUAUGUAAUGACUCGUCCUCAAAUGCCUCGACGAUAUCGCCCCGUCUCCUUGAAACACUCGCCGAGGUUCUCGACAAGAACCUGGAAGUGGAUGCUAACCAACAGACUGUCGUUAUAACCGUUGCUCAAUGUCGCAAACUUGUCGAAAUGGACAAGAAGAAGCUACUUUCUGUGGUGGAAAAACAAUACGGAGAGAAAAAGGAGGCGGAAAAAUUAUUAUCGGGUAGAUCUACGAAGGAAGAAAGCAAGAAAGACGUUGUUAACAAUGAUAUAAGCGCGUGUUUCAAGGAUUAUAAAACAGAUGAGAAGAGUGUGUAUAUGAGCGGUGGUGAUGGUAAGAAAAAAGGUUUGCCCACCCUCAAGAAAACUACGUUCGAAGCUUCGCCGAAACCAUCGCUGAAAACUAAGGCGGACGUCGAUCACUACUUUAAUGAGAAGGCGCGAAUGAAUUCUGAGAAAGAGGCAGCAAAAAUGGAGGAGCAAUUGACUGCGGGCAACUUAUUUUCGGUGGACGACGAGAUGUUCGAGGAAUUCAUGAAGUACGAGGCGGAGUACAGGAGAGAGAAGGAACAGCAGAAGAACAAUACCAAGAAAGUGAAACCAAAGGUGGUGGACAACUUUGGAAUAUUAACGGGCAGUGAGGAUGAGCAAACUUUCCCUCAAAUCAACAACAACGUGCCCAACGAUUCAGCGUACGGGAGUUUACAGAGGAAGACUCCGAAGCAGGGCAACAAGACGCCGAAACUGUCACCAUUGGAGCAGCACCGCGCAGACAGUUGCAGCUCGAGCGGCUCGGAGCAGAGUGCGAAUUCACCGGCACCUCUUCCGGCGGUUAAUGGGAGGAUGUCGACGGAACCGUCGCCAGUACAACGCCUCUCCAAGUUUUGUCACGAGUGCGGCAACAGGUAUCCGGUGACGACGGCCAAAUUCUGCGUCGAGUGUGGCGUCAAGAGGCUCGUGCUGUGAAGAAGAGCUACUGUGCACAAUUUUUUCAACCACUUGUCCGCGUUUACAUUUUAUUUAUACAGUUUU